GGUUCCUUGCGACUCUACCAGCUCUCCAGCUUCUUUUCGCUACCAAGUCUUUCCCUCCUCUUCGACGGAUUCACCUCCUGCACAACGAUGGCCACUCCUCGCUCCGCUCCCCGCAAGGCCGGUGCCCACAAGUCGCACCACAAGCCGAAGCGCACGUGGAACGUGUACGUCAGCCGCUCCCUCAAGGCGAUCAACAGCCAGAUGUCCAUGUCGGGCCGCACGAUGAAGAUCGUGAACUCGUACGUGAACGACGUGCUGGAGCGCAUCGCGACGGAAGCCGCGUCGAUUGUGCGCGCGAACAAGAAGCGCACCCUUGGCGCUCGCGAGGUGCAGACGGCCGUGCGCAUUGUGCUGCCGGCUGAGCUGGCGAAGCACGCCAUGGCCGAGGGCACGAAGGCCGUGUCGAACUCGUCGCGUUAAAGCGGCUGCGUGAGCGACACGACUCACCCUUACGUACUCCCCGUUUUUCAUAGAUGCAACCUUUGUUUUUUUCCGAAAUCUACUUUCCCCCCUCCCCUCCUCAUUUUGAAGCGUAACAGCUUGCUGGACCUGAAC